AUGCAUCGAUCUUCUAACUCUAGGUCUUCGAAGUCUUCGCACAAUCAUACUUCCAGCAGCAGUUCUGGUAAUGGAGGCAUUUUUUCAAACCUCAAGAAAUUAACAGGCGGUGGGAACAAUAGCCAGUCUAAUAAUGCAGACCACUCAGAUGUAUCAUCUGGUAAAACUGUUAAUACGGCAAUAUCGAAUGAUAGCCAUAUUAAACCACUAAGUAAACAAUCAACAUUGAAUGCCCAAAACCUGUCUACGUAUACGGAUUUGAAUUCGCAUUAUCGCUCAUCAUCCAAUCUAUCCAGUGGGUCGCCCACUAAAUAUUCGUAUUCUCGAAGAGCAUCACAAUGGUCUAGUAAUGGAGCUGGAAAUGUGGGAGCAAAAUUAUCGAGGCAACAAACAACUCAGAGCAUGUCAUCAGCCAGCAUUAUAUCACAAGGGUCUCUUUCUAAUUUAUCAAGGUUCAUUGCACCAGAUGGAUCGGUUCGAAUUGAACGCCCGCGAGAUCCAAAAGAGAUAGAGGAGCUUUUUGAGGACGUUCUUUAUAAAAGAAAUGUUUUGGCUUCUACAUCCCAGAAUGAUUUUAAAAACUAUGAUAUUGAUAAGAAAUGGUUGAUAGUGCGUCAGGAUCUACAAGCUGAAUACAAAAAACUUACAACCAAGAAGUCUACUGUAAAAUCUCCGACUUCAACAGUCAGCCUUUCUUCUAUUUCAAGCGCAUCACCGGCUCACUCACACUUGAGCACUAGCACAGGCUCUCUAGAUAGUACCGCAAUUUAUACUGGUCGUCCCAGCAUUUCAAAUGCGAGUACUCUUGACAAUUUUUACGACGGAGGUCAUGAGAAUUCAAGUACAUCAACUUUGUCGCAAGAUCCGCUGCAUCUUUCACCAGAUUACUAUGUGAGAAAAAUUAUUUGCAAUGACAUGACAACAAAACAAUUGAACGAUUUAUGGGUCUCAUUGAGAACAGAACAACUAGAUUGGGUUUUAGGGUUUUUGAAUGCACAAGGUCAAAUAGCAAUUGCUAACGUGAUUAUAAAAUCGUGUCAUAAAGAUAACGUGGACGUUGUACUGAACGACAAGGCGUUAGAUAGGGAAUUUGCUUUUUUUAAAUGUCUCAAGACCAUCUUGAAUCUCAAAGAAGGUGCUGAUGAGGCUGUGAAGUCUAACAGCUCAAGAAUUAUAGUAUCAGCCAUUUCUGAGGGUUUACUCUCUCUCAGGAUUUCAACACGACGAUUAGCUACCGAAUUGUUGAUCUUCUUGACUCAGUGGGAUCUUCCAAAUGGUUUCAAUCAUGUUAUCCAAGCCUUGGACCAAGGAUGUAAGUUAUCUGAAAACUCACAUCUACAGGCCCGGCUUAUUUCAGCCAAGUCUAGAAAUAGCGCUCUAGAACCUCUUGCUAGCCAAAACUUUGACUACGGCAACGAUCAAGUGAUGAAAAAACUUGAACAAUGGUUACUUGUUGUUGAAUAUACACUUGACGGUAGGGGAAAGAUGGGGUCAUUGGUCGGGGCUUCAGAUGAUUUCAAAAAUGCAGGAGGGGAAAAUGCAAUCCUAGAAUAUGCUUACUUAACAACUCUUCUCAUGAAUCAGCUUUGUAAUACACCUAAGGAGAUACAACAAAGAAGUAUGAUUCGAUCACGGUUGCGAACAGGAGGCCUGUCUCGGAUAAUGAAGAAAUUAGCAGCUCUGAAUUACGAAAAAGUUGACGAGCAGUUGAGAAUUUUCGAGGACACAACCGCGGAUGACUAUAACACUAUACUUUCAAGUCAUGUUAUGGAUAAAGAGGUUGACAUGAAAAAUCCGGUUUCCAUAGUCGAAAGUUUGUGCAACACUUACAAGGGAACAGAUGCAGAAAAGCACUUCACUUCGUUACUGCAGCACCUUCUCCUGUCAAGUACUAAGACGAAUAACAUUGAAGAUCCUACAGAACCUACGAAACAACUCAAACUCAUUGAUUCUCUAGUGACAAACAUUUCGAUGACCUCUGUUGACCUAGAAUCGUCUUUUAAUAGUGCUAUUCAACGAUUAUACGAUGCUAUGCAAACAGAUGAAAUAGCGAGACGAGCUAUAUUAGAGAACAGGGAUUGGGUCAAGAGAUAUGAGGAAAUGAAAGCUGAAAGGGAUAAUUUAUCUCAAAAGUUAUCAAACGCUCAGGGCGGUCUAGUAGGUCAGCUGCAAGAUGAAUUAAAACAGCGUGACCGAAUUUUAGAUAAAAGCCAAAGAGUAACAUCUCAACUUCAAUCAGACCUUGAGGACCUUAAGAAAAAGCUACUCCUAUCUAAGCAUGAGCAUGAAUUGGAAUUGCGAAAAGUUUUGACUUCUCUAAAUUCUAAACCACAAAGUGCUCCUCCACCACUGGAUGUUGAUCAAACCAAGUCCCCAAGUCCAUUGAAACCAGAAAGAAAGUUAGCUAUACAGAAAGCUCUUCAAACAAAGCUCCAGCAAACGAAAAAAGAUAUAAACCUCGAAUCGAAAAGGCUCGGUGUAUCUUUGGAACCUAAUAAAAGGUUAAGGGUCUUGCGUUCACGUAUGGAAGAUUUAGAAAACCAAGCCCGUGAGCUAGAAAUGACAAACUUUUCGAACUUCCAAAAGGAGCAGCCAAUAGUUUUGGAAGAAGCUCCUAAUCCUAUUGAAUUAGCCGUUGAGAAGCCACAAGACAUUAAAUCUAAAGUUGAGGAUCAGAGGCUGCAAAAACUGGCAGAACUUAGAAGAAAUCUUGCUGCUAUUCAAAGAGAGAGUAAUAACGUGUCCAAAUUUAAUGUGGAGGAAAGAAUCAAUGAACUUUUUCAGGACAAAAAGAUUGCCGCGCUUGAGAGAUUGAAAGAGCUUGAGAAUAGGUAUAAGGGCUUUGGGAUUAGCUUCUUACCUGAUGAUGACCAAGGCCCAACAGCCCUUGGUAUAGAAGAGAAGAGCAUACAACAACUGACAUUAGAUCCCAAACAAUUGACCAACAAAAUUGAGGAAUUGACCACAAUUGUUCAAGAAUUAGAGCAAUUGAAACAAGAUGCUGAUAAUGACAACGAUAAUGCCCACAGCUCCCGAGAAUCGUCUGAGUCCCAAGAAAACACUGAUGAAGAAUUGGAGGGUACCGAAGAAAACGUGCCGGAUACGGAUGUUCCUCCAGCAGGCUCUUUUCUUGCAUCGCUAUCUCAAAAGUACGGCACCGGACAGAAAAAGGCGAUUGAUGAACGCCGUGUAAGUUACGGAAGAGACAACAACUAUCCAGGAAGUGGAUAUCAUAGAAAAUCAUUUAUGAAUCGUGUCAAAAAAUCUGGGAAUGCUUCAUUUAUCGGAGAAUUAACAGAAAAGGUUUCAGGUUCGCAAGUUGAGUCGAAGGGUAAUACGCAACUUACUAGCUUCAAUGAUAACACCGAGCAAAGUGUCGGAAUAGGAAUCAUGGUUGGGGAAAAGGAUCAGUUUUUGUCCAGUAGCAGAACAACAGACGAUAGAAAGACCUUCCUUAAAGCUGACAAUAAUACAGAUACAACCAGUCAAUCAACGGACGAUGAGGCCAAAGCUAGUUCGACACCACCCGUACCUCCGCCACUUCCUGAAUCCUUAUUUCAUGGCAGUUCAAAUAAUAGUGAAAUGGCCUUGAAAGCGUCAAAUGCUCCUGUUGCCCCUCUUCCUCCUGCGCCCCCUGUGCCUGCGUUUCUCAAUCCUGGUAAAGGGAAUGAAACAAAUAAAGACGCUGAUAGGAAGGUUGAGGCUACACCAGCAUCUACGAAAGCUGGCCCAUCUCCUCCGCCUCCCCCACCUCCUCCACUUCGUUCCUCUCUAUUACAGCCUUUCAAAACAGAGACGGCUCCUCCUCCCCCUCCUCCUCCUCCUCCUCCUCCUCCUCCCCCAGCACCUUUUGCACAAUCAGCAGGAAGUGGUCCCCCACCUCCAGCUCCUCCACCUGCACCUCUCAUGAAUUUCUCCAAAACUAAUUACAGGUCGGCAACUCCUUCUCCGCUACUACCCCAAUCUCCCUCACUUUUCGAGAGAUAUCCACGUCCAUCGAAAAAAUUGAAACAACUACAUUGGGAAAAAAUAGAUGAUACUGAAGAUUCCAUUUGGCAGAAUGCCAAAGCUGAAAAGUUCGCAGAUGAUCUUUAUGAAAAGGGUAUUCUAUUCAAGUUAGAACAGGCAUUCGCUGCACGCGAAAUUAAAUCAUUUGCUAGCAAAAGGAAAGCAGAUUCUGAUAAAAUCACUUUUCUCUCGAGAGAUAUAUCACAGCAGUUUGGAAUUAAUUUACACAUGUACUCGUCUUUGUCGGUAAACGAUGUUGUGAUGAAGAUUCUCAAUUGUGACCGUGAUUUCAUGGCUACCCCAAGUGUGAUAGAGUUUUUAUCUAAACCUGAAAUCGUCGAGGUCUCGAACAAUCUUGCAAGAAAUUUCGCGCCUUAUAGUACCGAUUGGGAGGGUGUCAGCAGUGUUGAGGAGGUUAAGCCCCCAGAAAAGGAUCCUAGUGAAUUACAAAGAGCUGAUAGGCUCUAUUUGGAAAUGAUGGUCAAUUUGCAGAGCUAUUGGUCGUCUCGUAUGCGGGCUUUGAGAGUUGCCACGACAUAUGAAAAGGAUCACAACGAUCUUGUCUCCAAAUUAAGAUCUAUUGACAAGGCGGUUUGUGCUAUCCAACAGUCAGAAAACUUGCGUAAUAUUUUUGACGUGAUCCUUGCUGUUGGUAAUUACAUGAAUGAUCCCUCAAAACAGGCACAGGGUUUUAAACUGACAACAUUGCAAAGGUUGACAUUUAUCAAGGAUGAGAAAAAUAGCAUGACCUUCUUGAAUUAUGUUGAAAAGAUUGUAAGGGAAGCUUAUCCUGAAUUUAACGAUUUUUUGAAGGAGUUGGAGCCUGUUCUUGCGGUAACUAAAGUGUCAAUCGAGCAGGUUUCUCAAGAUUGUAAACAGUACUCGCAAGAUAUUAUUAAUGUUGAACGAUCUGUUGAUAUUGGAAACUUGAGCGACUCAUCCAAGUUUCAUCCAGCAGACAAGGUACUCGUUAAGGUUUUACCUGCUUUACCCGAAGCAAGGCACACAGGGGAUCUCUUAAUGGACGAAAUGAAGUUAACCUUGCUCGAAUUUGAUAAUCUCAUGAAGUUAUUUGGCGAGGAUUCGACCGAUAAAUUCGCUCGAAACUCGUUUUUCAAAAAGUUUGCUGACUUUUUGAAUGAGUACAAGAAGGCUCAAGCAUUUAAUAUGAAGACAGAAGAAGAAGAGAGACUAUAUCAAAAACGGAGAGAAAUGAUAGAAGAACAACAAAGGAAAAAUGUGGAAGAGCAGAUCUCCAGAUCAUCUAAUGAUCCAAGUGAAGGCCACGAUCCCGAUUAUGCUGGUGAGCGAGAUGUGAUGGAUAGAUUGCUUGAAAAACUGAAACAAGCGGGGCCAGGUAAAUCAGAUCCUUCUUCUGCUAGAAAACGAGCUAUGGCUCGUAAAAAGCUUCUUAAUGGAUCGUCGGGAGCAAGUAUUUUAGACAAUUUUGAAGUUGAAGGAGUCGACACUGGAUCUCUUGUUUAUUCCCCACAACCUGAUGAGAAAAUAGAAACCAGUGAUACAGAUGCCUCACCGACCCCUAAAAGUAAAAGCAGAUCGAAUAUUAACAUUCUUUCAAGUGGCCAAGAAGAGUCAGUUGAUUUGACAGACCGGGCAAGAUCGUUAUUGCAAGAGCUUAGAUCACCUGAAUCAUUAGAAUCCAAGAAGACUAAUUAUAAUGAAAGGCUGUCGAAACUGAGGGCUCGGCGAAGGAACGCGGGAAGCGAUACUUCAUCCGGAAAGCGUUUGACAUUUGUUUCCGCAGGAAAGCCUGACGAUGAUACUUCAAAUUUAGACCAAGCAGCAACAAACGCAGAGCUUAGCAAAGCAAAAACACCUGAUAGUAUCGCCAAUAAUCAUCAAAUUGGUGAAAAACAGGCGGACUCAAUGGAUCAAGAUGAUUUCAAUGAGUCCGAUGAUAAAUCCAAAGUUAAGCAUCCAAGUCAAACAGAUAGUGGCAACACAGAAAAAGAUGAAGAAGAAGAAGAACAUAAUGAUGAUGAUGAAGAUGAAGAUGAUGACGCUGAUGAUGAUAGUGACAUUUUUCUAGAUGCAUAA